AUGAAACCCAUGGAAGCACAGGAAACUUCUAGAAACCCUUUAGCCACGCCCACCCGGGAGUCCCAAGAGUGGAAACAAGUAACGUCCCUUUACGAGGUUCUAGCUCCCACUCCCAAUAGGGAUAGAUCCCGCGUGAAGAGAUUUCUGGGUGGAUUGGCACCUGGUCUCCGCUUAUUUCCGGUCAACGAUGGCUAUGGCAACCCAGCCAAGCGGCGAUCGAGAACGAAGAAUCCGAGGCGGCUCAAGGAUAAGACGACCAGGAAACCGACGCAAAUGGCUAAAUUUCGGGCCGAAGGUGAAGACGAUGAGGCGGGCGAGGCAGGUGAUGCUAGACAGGCAGAGGCAACUACGGGAGCCUUCGUGCGUCCAACGGAGCUGACCAUUUCCAUUCGCAAAACGGACAAGUUCGGCCAGUGGGUCUACAAUCCCUGGGGCGCCACCUUCGGCAAAGUGUGGCAGGACACCCGCUUCCAUGUGAACCACCAGAGCCGAAUGCCCCGCCUGCAUAUCGACUCGGACCCCGGCAUGGACUACUAUCCCGAUGACGAGGGCAUAAGCACCGUCUGUCUGGGCCGCUCGACCGUCUACAAUGUGCCCAGGAUCAUGAAGUAUUUGACGGGCAAGCGGUAUCGAUCGCCCCACGUGAAACGGGCUAUUUGGAUGGGUUACCGCCUGAACAUCUUCAAGCUGGGCAGGUCGGAGGAGUGCCGCACGAUGAACCUCACCGAGUGGCUGCCGUUCCAGGAAUGCAAUCUCAGACGCCACCAGCGGAUGGAGUACGUGCUUUACAAGUAUCCCAAGCAUCAACUGUAG